UCAACUUGUCUUGUUCUAGAAAGCAAAUAAAAAUAACAUUUUUUUUUUUUACCUUUAGAAAUACAAGGUCAAGGCAGUCUAUCUUGUGCAUUCUUUCAUUCCCAAAUACAAGAACCUCAUCACUCUUUCGUAAAAUGGAGCUAACUUGUCCUCCAUAUUAUGCUAGAGCCAUGUGCCAUCAGCAUACGAAAGCACUAUAAAAAACAUUGAACAAGUUUAUAAUGAAACACUUUUGAUGUGUUUCAUGAUUCUGGUGCUAAAUGCUCUAUUUUCAUUUCUGUUUUUGUGAGAAGUUGUGGUGUUUUUGGUUUUGUGCCACACUGCCUAGUUGUGAAUUUGGGCCUGAGCCCUGAUGUAGUUUUAAGGCAUUCCUGUAAGGUUAGAAAAUGUGCAGCAGAAACGAAAAUCCCCCCAUUACAUGUACCUGCUAGCUUCAACAUGCCUGUGCUGCUAAAGCCACUUGCUAGCUACAUAAAACUUUCAGAUUAUCUUCAGGCAAAGGCUAGGAAAGGAAAACAGCUUCUCCUUUUUUUUUUUUUCCAUUGAUACCCAUAAAGGUUAAAGGGAAAGACAUGGAUCAUGUGAGAGAAUUUCAUGGCCUGAGGCAAUGGCAGAGCCAUCUGGAGCUUGCUCUUUUGCCUUCCAAAUAAAAAGCGUGAGUGAGUGAAGCAGAGAAAAGAGAUCGAGAAGAAGAAGCCCAGGGUGAUGAGGAGAUUUUUCCGCGUGCAGAGAGAUGAAGAUUACAGUCAGAUUCAGUAUCUCACAGCCAAGUGCAACCGUCUGGCACAGGAGAAAGCGUUGGAGAGAGAGUGUGUGUUAUCUAGAGAGAGAGUGCGGGUCCUGCAGGUAGAGUUGGAAACUGUGUGUUUGCAGCUCCGUCAGAAAGAAAGCACCAUCCAGGAGCUACUUGAAAAACUCCAACACCAGCAGAAUAUUGUAAGCACAAGUGAUUCGGCUCUGUUAAAUGUUCACUUGGAGUCGAUAAGCUCAGAGUUGCAAUAUCUACAGUCCACUGAGAAGCAGCUAAUGGGCUUUGUGGAUGAGCUCCACCAGGAGGCUCAGCAUGCAACCAAAAAGGCAGAGAGUCUGGAGGUGCAGCUCCACCAGGAGGCCCAGCUCCAUGGCAAGCAUACAGAAAAUCUGCAGAAAGAGCUGGAGAGUAAGUCACAUGACCUGCAGGAGCUACAGAAGGCCCAUGAUGCAUUGCAACAGGAACUAAGUGAGCAGAACAGCGCCCACCAGAAGACAGUGCUGGAACUGCAGUGCGAAAACAGAGCCAGUGUACACAAACUCAGAGAGAUGGCCGAGCAGGUCGAGUGGUUGUGCGAACAACAACGCAACUGGAUAUGCUGCAUCAAAAGGUUUAAGGACUGCCUGAAUGAUGAGAAGGAGGCCCUGGUUCUGCAGGUGAACAGGUUACAAGAAGAAUUGUUGGAUAUUAGAAAGAACUCAAAAUCUGAGAUGAUCGGUGGAGAAGAUACACAACCCAAAAUGCAUUGCAACAGAUGGGACAUAGAUGCCAUGUUGGAUCUGCAGGUAGAGGCAGACAAGUGGAAGGGAAGGUACCAGGAACUCUUUAGCAAAUUCACAUCACACCAGGUGGAUAGUCAUGAGGAUGGAUACCUAAAACCACCAUGAAGUCUGGAGACUGAAAUCAUGCACUAUUUCUAAGUGUCUACUACUGCACAAGGGAAAAUCCCAAACUAGUGACCUUUAAUAAAACAAUUUCAGCACAUUA